AUGGCGUCCUCGCUGCGAAUGCCGGCUGGAUCCCUGUUUUCCACUGCCAGAACCAACAAUGUCGUGUUUCGAUUCUCUCCAGCCAAUUCUUCGGCGGCCUCUGCGGUCUCAUGUCAAUGCCGGCACUUUUCUCAAGGCUCCCAGCGGAACGGGCGGGGGAUUCCGCAGAAUAUCGCCUUGAAGCAGCCUGCUCAGCCAAGUAUGAAAACGAGAACAAGAGAGUUUUCUAAGAGCGAUUUGCCUCAAGACCUUGGAUUGCUGCCAGGUACAUUCAUUCGGCCGCUUUGGAGGGAUAUGCCGUCAAUCUUCCAACACCCCCGAGAACGACUUCAAUUGGAGUGGCUUUGGUUGAAGGGUGGAGUCCAGAAUUUCUUGGGCCUUGUCGUCCUUUGCAAAUGGGGCAACAAUAAUGUGCCGCUGGAACUAAAGGGGCGACGACAAAUAGCUCGUGAGCUCCACCAGAAGAUGUAUACUGCUUUCGCAGGGGGGGACGUCACUUCCUUGCGCAAAAUCUGCUGUAAUGGCCUCGCGAACAAACUUAUUCAACGCAUCGAGAACCGCCCGAAAAAUGAGAAGGUGACCUGGACUUUGGAUAAAUACAUCUUGUCACCCGCAACCUUUUUCACAGGAGCCCGUAUCGUUGCGGACCGUAAAACUCAAAUACCAGAUCUUCCUGACUCGACUGUCCGACAAGUUGUGGUGCGCAUCACCAGUAAACAGUCUACCGGUAAAAGCAAGCUGCCUUCCGGCCGUGAUGCAAACACUGCGGUCGAGGACGCUACCCCGGAGAAGCAGCAGGACUGCACCGAAUAUAUCGUCAUCCAGAAGCUUCGUUGGGCUGGUGAUGAACAGGACUGGCGCAUUUGGGGCCAUGCCACUCCCACCACUGUCGAGGAUCUUGACAGCCCUUUCUUUGCAUCGGGACUUACUAUUUCAGAGCGUCUGGAUGCCAUGAAGGAAACAAUGCAAGGAAGGAGGUAA